GCAUUUAUGGCCGUAGAGGCAGCGGCAGCGGAACAAAAUGGCUUUGAGACGAGAGUGAACAGACUCCCGAAACCCUGGCCGUUUCCCCGGAUCCAGGGGCCCGACGCGCUCCACCUGGGCGCUGCCAUCUUACAAGGAAGAGAGGGGCGAGCCAAGACCACGUGGAGAAGGGCGACUACAGUGAGGCGGGAGUGGGUGGGCCCUGCAGGUCACGUGGUGCGGGGUGGGGCCUGGGCGAGUCACGUGGGGACGGUGCACGCUCAGUGCGGCUGCGCCGGCCGGUAGCUGCAGCUGGAGCAGUGGCGUUUGGAGGAGACUCGAAACUGGAUGGCUUCUACAGGGAGCCAGGCCUCUGAUAUAGACGAGAUUUUUGGAUUCUUCAAUGAUGGCGAACCUCCCACCAAAAAGCCCAGGAAGCUGCUUCCAAGCUUAAAAACUAAGAAGCCUCGAGAACUUGUGCUAGUGAUUGGAACAGGCAUUAGUGCUGCAGUUGCGCCCCAAGUUCCAGCCCUCAAAUCCUGGAAGGGGUUAAUUCAGGCCUUACUGGAUGCUGCCAUUGAUUUUGAUCUUUUAGAAGAUGAGGAGAGCAAAAAGUUUCAGAAAUGUCUCCAUGAAGACAAGAACCUGGUCCAUGUUGCCCAUGACCUUAUCCAGAAACUCUCUCCUCGUACCAGUAAUGUUCGAUCCACAUUUUUCAAGGACUGUUUAUAUGAAGUAUUUGAUGACUUGGAGUCAAAGAUGGAAGAUUCUGGAAAACAGCUACUUCAGUCAGUUCUCCACCUGAUGGAAAAUGGAGCCCUCGUAUUAACUACAAAUUUUGAUAAUCUCUUGGAACUGUAUGCAGCAGAUCAGGGGAAACAGCUUGAAUCCCUUGACCUUACUGAUGAGAAAAAGGUCCUAGAGUGGGCUCAGGAGAAGCGUAAGCUGAGCGUGUUGCAUAUUCACGGAGUCUACACCAACCCUAGUGGCAUUGUCCUUCAUCCGGCUGGAUAUCAGAACGUGCUCAGGAACACUGAAGUCAUGAGAGAAAUUCAGAAACUCUACGAAAACAAGUCAUUUCUUUUCCUGGGCUGUGGCUGGACUGUGGAUGACACCACUUUCCAGGCCCUUUUCUUGGAGGCUGUCAAGCAUAAAUCUGACCUAGAACAUUUCAUGCUGGUUCGGAGAGGAGACGUAGAUGAGUUCAAAAAGCUUCGAGAAAACAUGCUGGACAAGGGGAUUAAAGUCAUCUCCUAUGGAGAUGACUAUGCCGAUCUUCCAGAAUAUUUCAAGCGACUGACAUGUGAGAUCUCCACAAGGGGUACAUCAGGGAUGGUGAGAGAAGGUCAGCUAAAUGGCUCAUCUGCAGCACACAGUGAAGUAAGAGGCUGUAGUACAUGAGCGAGCUAGAGAAAUCACCACCGUUUAGACCAAGCUGUAAGGCCCUACUACACAGUGUUUAACAAGUAAACUUACAAGAACCCAACACAACUCCCAGAAAGUAACAAUAGCCAGAGGUUGAAGGGCGGGGUAGAAGAGGGGGGAAUGUUGCAGCGUAAUCCUUCAUACCACCUGGUUCUUGAUAUUCUGCUGCCUGUUCAAGUUCAAGAAUAAAAGUGACAGCAGGACCCAAAUGCAGCUCCUAACCCACUCCCCACGCUGGACAUGCUUGUGUCCACACAGCACACCAAUGUGAUACUUCCACUGACCGGCUGCAGCUCUGCAUGAAGGACUUGGGGUCUGGAUGCCAUGGAAUCACUGUGGCUCUUGUUGCAGUUUUGUACUCUAUACUUGGUUUUUCAAUUAAGCUUAAUGGCUUUUUUAAAACAUGACUUGAAGCUCUAGUUUUCUAGAUCUUUUACAGUGUACAGUAUUUUACAUAACUAAGCUGUAUUAAAAGCUUGUUCAUUUA